GUGGAUGAUGAACGGCUUUCAGCAGAGGAGAUGGAUGAAAGACGGCGUCAGAAUAUUGCUUAUGAGUAUUUAUGUCAUCUAGAAGAAGCCAAAAGAUGGAUGGAAGUCUGUCUUGGUGAAGAAUUGCCACCUACUACUGAACUGGAAGAAGGAUUAAGGAAUGGUGUUUAUCUUGCCAAAUUAGCAAAGUUUUUUGCGCCAAAGUUGGUCUCUGAUAAGAAAAUCUAUGAUGUGGAACAGACGCGUUAUAAGCGAUCAGGUCUUCAUUUCCGACACACAGAUAAUACAGUACAGUGGCUGCGGGCAAUGGAGUCCAUCGGAUUACCAAAAAUAUUCUACCCGGAGACUACAGAUGUAUAUGAUAGGAAGAACAUACCUCGGAUGAUAUAUUGCAUUCAUGCACUAAGCUUAUAUUUGUUUAAAUUAGGAAUAGCUCCUCAGAUCCAGGAUUUGCUGGGGAAAGUAGACUUCACAGAGGAAGAAAUUAGUAAUAUGCGGAAGGAACUGGAGAAGUAUGGUAUACAGAUGCCAUCUUUUAGUAAAAUUGGAGGCAUCCUAGCCAGUGAACUUUCAGUGGAUGAAGCUGCAUUGCAUGCUGCAGUAAUUGCAAUUAAUGAAGCUAUUGAGAAGGGAGUUGCAGAGCAAACUAUCAAAACACUGAAAAAUCCUAAUGCCAUGUUAGUCAACGUGGAUGAUAAUCUUGCCCAUGCAUAUCAGAAGGAACUUUUGCAAGCGAAAAAAAGAAAAGAAGAGAACGCUAGACUCAAGGAUGACUCAAUUUUGGAGGAGGAAAGAGAUGUGUAUGAAGAGUUACUGACACAGGCUGAGAUCCAAGGAAACAUCAAUAAGGUCAACAUUCACAUAGCUUUAGCCCGAGUGAAUGAGGCUAUUGACAUGCAAGAUGAAGUGGCAUUGAUGGCAGGCUUGAAAAACCCUGCUCUGAGCUUGCUUGAAAUUCUGUCGCAAAAUUCCUCAUGGUACCUAGCACAGUUAUUUGAUUCUAAAGAGCAGAGAAUACAGAUAGCAAGGGUUCCAAUUAUGCUCGACAAAAUUGAAAUACAGAAUGAAGUUAGUGUUGCCAAUGAGGAAGCAGACUGUCACAAAUUUAAGCUUAUUGCAGUUGAUAAUAUUAAUACUGCCAUUCGUAACUGUGACCCAAGUAAGACAGUAGCCGCUCUAAUGAAACCUGAGGCCCAGUUGCCUGAUGUUUACCCAUCUGCUGCCACUGUCUAUCAGACUGAACUCUUCAAUCUUCAGCAACAGAAUGCUGUGAACUACUUGGCACACGAUGAACUGGCUAUUGCUGUGGAAAUGCUGUCAGCAGUGGUGCUGUUGAACCAGGCUUUGCAGAGCAAGAAUAUAGCAGAAACAAAGACACAUCUCAGCAACCCAUCCAUUGGCUUUAAUAACCUGGAAGAAGAAAACUUGCAGCGUUAUGCUGAUACCCUGAUGUCUUUAAAACUAGAAGCUUCAUCUCAAGGACAAGAAUACUUAAGCUGGAAUGAUAUCCAAAACUGUAUUGAAAUGGUUAAUGCACAAAUUCAAGAGGAAAAUGACAGGGUUGUAGCAAUAGGUUACAUAAAUGAGGCCAUUGAUCAGGGAGAUCCUACAAAAACAGUAGACGCGCUGCUGCUUCCCACAGCAAAACUACAUGGUGUGAAAGAAGCAAAUGCACAGCACUACCAAGACGUUCUGAAGAAUGCAAAAGCACUCAAAUGCCAGGAAUCUCAUGAUGAUUCAUCACUCCUGUGGCUAGAGGAAAUUCAGAAAGGAAUUGAUGAUGCUAAUAAAAACCUGGAAGAUGCAACGCAAUUGGCUAUUGAGACAACAAGGGUAAACCAGUGUUUAGAAGAAGGGGAUUCUGCACAGCUUAUCCCUAUUUUACAGUCUCCUUGCUUUGCUGUAAGAACUGUCCCAGAGUGUGCUGAAACCUACUACAGUAAAUUAUUGGAAACCAAGAGUCUAAAACCCAAAGAUCCCAAUGAAGGCCCCUGGAUCAAAACUGUAAUGCAGGGCUGCUAUGACUAUUACUUCAAUGUGGAAACUGGAAUGGAUACGUGUGUCCCACCUGAGGGAAUUGUACUCAGAACCUCUUGGCUGACUGGUAAAGAGAUUCAGAAUAUCGUUGAACAGAUUACAUCAGAUUAUAAAAGAGAACAGCUGUGGUUUGCAAAUGAAGACCUGAUCAUUCAGCUGCAAGCUAAAGCAAGGGGAUUUCUAUUCAGAAAAAAAUACAAGGAGAGAAAAGCAUAUCUUCAAAGCCAGGAACCAUCAGUGAUAAAAAUACAGGCCUCCUGGAAAGGACACAAACAAAGGAAAAUCUACUCUGAGAGACUUCAGAUGUUCCAGAAAAAUGUUGCGUCUAUUAUUAAAAUUCAGGCAUGGAUCAAAAUGUGGUUAGCAAGAAGAGCGUACAAGAAACGGAUGCAGUAUUUCAAAGAUCAUAAUGAAGAAAUUGUGAAAAUCCAAGCCUUUCUUAAAGCAAACAAAGCUAGGGAAGACUACAGAAUACUGACUGGUUCUGAAAACCCUCCUCUGAAUGUCCUACGCAAGUUUGCUUAUCUAAUGGACCAGAGUGAUUUGGACUUUCAAGAAGAGCUAGAAGUAACAAGAUUAAGAGAAGAGGUGGUUACAAAUAUCCGGUCUAGUCAACAGCUGGAGAAAGAUCUGAACCUGAUGGAUAUCAAGAUAGGACUGCUGGUUAAAAACAGAAUAACUCUGCAGGAUGUUGUGUCCCACAGCAAAAAGUUGAACAAAAAAAGCAAAAAUGAAGUGGAGGAGAUGGUGACUGGGGACAAGCAGGGCAUCAAAGGCCUGAGCAAAGAGAGGCGGAAAAAGCUAGAGGCUUAUCAACAUUUGUUUUACCUUCUGCAGACUAAUCCAUCUUACUUGGCAAAGCUGAUCUUCCAGAUGCCCCAGAACAAAUCCACCAAGUUCAUGGAUACAGUCAUCUUCACAUUGUACAACUAUGCAUCUAAUCAGCGUGAAGAAUACUUGCUCCUAAAGCUAUUUAAAACUGCUCUAGAAGAGGAAACUUAUUCCAAAGUAGACCAGAUUCAAGACAUUGUCAUAGGAAAUCCUACUGUCAUCAAGAUGGUGGUUAGCUUUAACCGAGGGGCUCGAGGGCAGAAUACACUACGUCAGUUGUUAGCACCAGUGGUGAAAGAGAUUAUGGAUGACAAAUCCUUAGCCAUCAACACAAGUCCUGUGGAAGUGUACAAAGCAUGGGUGAACCAGUUAGAGAUGCAAACUGGAGAGGCCAGCAAAUUACCUUAUGAUGUAACAACAGAACAAGCACUGACGCAUCCCGAAGUAGUGAGUCGACUGGAAUCCUCAAUUCAGAGCCUAAGAGCAGUAACUGAUAAAGUUCUAGCUUCCAUAUUCUCAUCUCUUAAUUUAAUGCCUUAUGGAAUGAGAUAUAUAGCCAAAGUUCUGAAGAACUCGCUCCAUGAGAAAUUUCCAGAUGCAACAGAAGAUGAGCUAUUAAAGAUUGUUGGAAAUCUCCUCUACUAUCGGUUUAUGAAUCCUGCCAUUGUUGCGCCUGAUGGAUUUGAUAUAAUUGACAUGACAGCUGGAGGCCAGAUCCAUCUUGAUCAGAGGAGAAAUUUAGGUUGUGUGGCCAAAGUCCUUCAACAUGCUGCCUCAAAUAAUCUCUUUGAGGGGGAAAAUGCACAUCUCUCUUCAAUGAACAGUUACCUCUCUCAGACAUAUGAGAAAUUCAGGAAUUUUUUUCAAGCAGCAUGUGUUGUUCCUGAACCUGAAGAAAAAUUCAAUAUAGAUGAAUACUCCGAUAUGGUUACUCUGAGCAAGCCAGUAAUAUAUAUUUCCAUCGAAGAAAUCAUCAACACUCAUUCAUUAUUGUUAGAGCACCAGGAUGCCAUUGCUCCCGACCCAAAUGAUGUCUUAAAUGAAAUCCUGCAAGGGCUGGGAGAAGUUCCUGAUGUGGAGACCUUCCUAGGGGAAGGAGCUAUUGAUCCCAAUGACCCUAACAAGGAAAACACUUUAAACCAGCUUGUUAAGACAGAAAUUUCACUUUCACUGACUAGGAAAUAUGAUUUACGGGAAGGUGAAGAACAGGAUAUCAAAGGCCUGAUGAUAAAGACAAAAAGGCUUAUUGUUGAUGUGAUACUAGCUCAGCCAGGAGAGUCACUUGCAAAAAUAUUGGAAACACCAGCAUCUGAACUUCAGGAAGAGGAACACUUAAAAGUAAUAGAAAAACGUGCAAUUUUGGAUUCCAAAACUCCGGAGAAAAUAAAACACAGUCGAUCUAUUCUUGAAGAAGGACAGUUGCCAUUAGAACAAAAGAAAAGGAAAAUCCAAAGGAACCUCCGGACACUGGAACAGGCUGGACUGGUUUCAGCUGAAAAUAAAUACCAGGAAAUCAUCAAUGAAAUAGCAAAGGAUAUCCGAAAUCAAAGAAGAUAUCGACAACACCGAAAAGCAGAACUGGUGAAACUUCAGCAGACAUUGAAUGCACUCAACUCCAAGAAAGCAUUCUAUGAAGAGCAAAUAAAUUAUUAUAACACUUACAUUAAAACCUGUCUAGACAAUUUGACCAGAAAAAAUUCACGACGAUCAAUCAAAUUAAAUGGAAAACAAGAAGAGAAAGGAAACCGGCUCAAGAAUAUUUCACUGAAGUACACAGCAGCAAGACUGCAUGAAAAGGGGGUGAUCCUAGGAAUCGAUGAACUUCAGCCUAACCAGUUUAAGAAUGUGAUGUUUGAAAUUACACCUGGCGAAGAGGUGGGUGACUUUGAUAUCAAAGCUAAAUUCUUGGGUGUAGAGAUGGAAAAGGUGCAGCUCCAUUUCCAGGAUUUGCUUCAGAUGCAGUAUGAAGGUGUCUCUGUAAUGAAAAUGUUCGAUAAAGCUAAAGUGAAUGUAAACCUUCUCAUAUUCCUGUUGAACAAGAAAUUCUAUGGAAAAUGAAGAUGAAUGAUGUCCGGGGCUCUGCUUCAAAUCAAGUCCAAUUUCUAGGUCUUUUUGGGUCUAUGUUUAACUAUGUGGAGCUAUCAUACUUUUUUCAAGGAAGUCCCGAAGAAUGUACUUAACGUGCCUUUUUUUCAUCCUUUGAUAAUAUAAAUUGUAAAACAAGAAAAUGGAAAUCAACUUUAACCCUUCCAGAUUUCUGUGGUGUUGGUACUCAAUUUUUAAAAAAGGAAAACGUUUUAGUGGCAUCCAAACAUUAUGGAUAAUUUUGAAUAUGCAGGUCAUUUAUUCAAACAGCAUAUAUAGAAAUUCUUUUCCACUAAAGGUAGCUAUCUUGAUCAUCAAAUAUAGUUCUACUUAAAAUGAUUGUUCAUAGGAAUAUAAAUCCUAAUUCGUGCUCUUUAAGAAUAGAUUGGGAAAUAUUUCUUAAAUGCUGUUGCUUUUCCCCAGAAACCUGGUCAAUUGUAAAGUGAAUAAUUGUGCAAUUCAAAGUUUUUAUAGGUAAUUAUAAAUUUAACAUUUACUGUAUAAAAAUAUAUAUUUUGCUAUCCAUUCCUACUAAAAAUGCACUACUGCCUCACUGAAAUUUUCUUUAUACACAGACUUUUAAUUUAAGUGUAAAAGGGCAAUCUGAAUAGUGAUCAGUUUUUUGCAAUGUACUUGAGGUAUUUUAAAAUAAUAAAUUGUGCCUGUCUUUUUUUAUAAGAAAAAAAAUUAAAAUCCACAAAUAAAA